CACACAGAGAGACAAACAGCAGCAGAUACACCAGAGAAACACACAAGAGAUGAAAAAAAUGGCACAGACUCUAUAUUUCAGUCUUCUUUUCAUCGCUCUCUGUUCAAUAUCUGAAUGCUCUCAGCGCCACUAUCACUAUAUAAACAUGAGGAUGAACUGGACUGAAGCUCAGAGAUACUGCAGAGAGAACUACACAGAUCUGGCCACAGUCAACAACAUCAAUGACAUGAACGAGCUGAAGAACACUGUGAAUAACAAUCAGGUGCAUGUCUGGAUUGGACUAAAGAGAACAGAUGAAUGGAAGUGGUCUCUGGGUGAUCCUGUGAAAUAUCUGAACUGGGAAACUGAACGAUCAACUGACACAUAUAUUUGUGCUGUUAUGAGAAAUGGAACAUGGCGUCAGCAGGACUGUAAUGUGCCGUCACAGUUCAUCUGUUACAAUGACAGCAGUAAAGCAUAUAUUAUUCACACUUUUAAUAAAACAUGGCGAGAAGCUCAGAGUUUCUGCAGACAGUAUCAUACUGAUCUGAUCACUGUGAGGAACCAGACUGACAAUCAACUGAUCCACAACAUCAUUAAUGAUCCUCAGACAUCUGUCUGGAUUGGUCUGUUCAGAGACUCGUGGGAGUGGUCAGAUAACACUGACUCCGCCUUCAGAUACUGGGACUCUGGUCAACCUGAUAAUUCUGGUGGUUCUGAAGAUUGUACAGAGGUCAGAAUGAAUUACCAGGGCCAAUGGAAUGAUGGACGCUGCAGUGAAUCUAACACUUUUGUGUGUCAUGAAGAUGAGCUGAUAUUGAUCCAGAAGAAUCUGAGCUGGACUGAAGCUGUGAGAUACUGCAGAGAGAAUCAUGUGGAUCUGGUUUCAGUUGAUUCACAGGAGAUUCAGCUCAUGGUGACUGAAGUUCUUCAUCAGGCCUCGACUGCUGAGGUGUGGAUGGGGUUACACUAUUACUGUCUCAUGAAUCUCUGGAUCUGGGUACGAGGAGAGGUCGUCUGCUAUCAGAAUUGGGCUCCAGGGGUUCAGAUUCAACUGAAGGACUGCAGCGGUGAACACAGAGCUGGAGCGCUUCAGUCUGGAGGAGAUCAUCUCUGGAUCAGUCUUCCUCGAUCUUACAAACUCAACUUCAUCUGCACCAGAAGAGAUUUAACAUGAACAGAUGUGUGUCUGCCACUAUCUGUGAUACACAAUAUUGUUAUUUCUGACACAUUUAGUUUUCUUAGUAACAGUUGAAUGACAGGACAUAUAGAUGUAUUUUAAGAGUUCAUGAUUUUGACACUUCUGUUUAUUCAAAGUUAAAUGACAUUUAUUUGUGGAUGUUUAGAGUUGAUAGUGAUAUGUGUUUCUUCAACUCUUUCAGCACAUUGUGUAAUUUCAGCACUUCUCAUCUUGUCUGCUUGAAUCCGAUUCUUUAAACUCUGACACACAAUAGUCUCUAAGUGAAAUGAAACAUAUCUUGAUUUUAAUGUACAUCAAUUCAAAUAAAGUUGAAUCUACAGACUGUAUUUCCUCUCCUGAUGUUUUUCUUCAGCUGACUCACAGAGGACAAGACAGAGAACACAACUUGUUCUGUUUUCAUAUUUGUCAUUUAAAGAGGUUGUCCAAUCUAGGUCUAUACACUGUAAAAAUGAACGGUUCUUUGAGGAACCCUCAGGGGAAACUCAAGGCACCUCUUAACAAAGGGAAGUUCUCUGAGGAACCCUCAAGGCCUCUUAGGGAUCCCUUUUAUUAAAAGGUCUGGAACCAUAUUGGGUGCUUCAAGACGCCAUUUCAAAGUUUAUAUUUGCUAUUCAUAAUAUUUUAACUAGAAGAAAUAAUAAAACCAAAUAUAAUGCAAACAGUUAAUUGAUAAGAAACAACAAUUUACAUUGAAUAAAUAUUAAUAGAAUAGAUUGUAAAUUCAU